AUGCCCCUUCCAGACUCGUUCCUCCGUUGCGAACGGCUGCACCACUUCGCCCGCUGCCUAACGCAUCAGCAGGAGACCCUGCUUGCAAUGCUGCAAGCCGAGAGACAGGUGAGUGCAGGCACCUCGUGGCUCGAACAGCUGAGCAAGGACCUUCAGUGGCUCUCUGCCGGAGCCGUGCUCCCAGCCUCCGCCUCGCAUAACUUCCCAGAGGGCCUGCAGGCUUUCAUUUUGGAAUGCCCUACCAGGUUUCACAGACUGGUGCGCAAAGCUGCCAGUGCGGAACUACGACAGCCGCCAACGAAGGCAUCGGCAUCAGGCCCCGACGCCGUGCCCCACACCUGCCCCCUGUGCGGCGAUGCCUUUGCGUCCUUCCAAGCCCUCAGGGCGCACCGGUUCGCUGUGCACCAUCUGCGGUCUGACGCGGCAGCCGUCGUUGACGGCACCAGCUGCUGUCCCUGCUGCUUGACCGAAUUCUGGUCAAGGGACAGAGUUCUGAGGCAUGUCCAACACGACCGCCCCGCUUGUCUGGAGGCCCUAUGGACACACGGGAUGUUCGUGAACCCUCUGACACAGGUGCAUGGAGAGCCGGGCCAAACCGCGCACUACCCUGCUACACGCCUCGCGGGGCUCCUUUUGCCCCUCACCACGCAGUCGCCAGCAGAUGCCGUUGAUGCGGCCGUGCAACUGCUUGCAGAGGAACCUGGCCUGUCUCACGAGGAUCUCAAGCAAGCCCUGGAUGCCUUUUACUUUUCCCCUGCGGUCACUGACUGCGUCGCUCUGCUGGCCAAUGAGCCUGCCAUCGACCUGACGGGGACGUAG